AUGAAUCCAAGUGAUACAGUAGCAAUUUGUUUCUUUUCCUUAGUAAUUUUACUUUAUCUGGGCCUGUUAGUUUAUCUUCAUUGUUUCAAAAAGAUUUACAGAUUAAUUUUUCCAAGUCCUUCUCCAAUGUAUACUGAAAAAUUUUUUGGAGAUAAGCUUAAAUAUGCAAAUGUAUAUAAUUCAUUAGGUAUUAUGAUAAAUAAGUUUAAUUUAAGUUAAUUUAAAGAGUGACUAAUUGUUAAACUCAUAUAAUUUAGAAAGAGUCAGAGCUAUACCAUAUGUCUACUUAAAGAACAAAUAUUCAGAAACAAAUAAUUAUUUAAUUUAUUUUCAUGGAAAUGCGGAAGACAUGUAAACAACUAUUUUUUGUAUGAAUAUAGGUAGGCAGCCUCUCAAUUUAUGGAACAUUUAAUGAAAACAAUAAAUACAAAUAUCUUUGUUAUAGAAUAUCCAGGAUAUGGAGUUUAUGAAAUGUAAAAGAAUAUGAGUAGUAAUUUGAUUGAAGAGGAUGCAUUAACAUUAUAUGAUCAUAUAAAGAAAACAUAAAAAUUACUAGAUAAUCAAAUUUAUGUUUUUGGAAGGUAUUCAAAUAUGAUAAAAAUUAGAUCAAUAGGAACAGGUCCUGCAUUUUAUGUAGCAAGUGUUAGAAAUGUUAAAGGUUUAAUUGUUAUGUCUUGCUAUAAGUCUAUCAAAACUAUAAUAUAAGAUUUAUGUUGUGGAUUUGGUAUUAUUAUUGUUUUUUUUUUCUGCCUACCAGAUAUCUUUAAAAAUUAUGAAAGAUCAUAACAAGUAAAAUGUCCUAUUGUUUUUAUUCAUGGAUUACAUGAUACAUUAAUAAAACCAUAUCAUUCAAAUUAUUUGUAUACUAAGUAAAUUAUCUAAAAACUUUAGUUUAGUUUGCCAAGGAGUAUACAAACCAAAUCUCAAAUUUUUAUAAAAGAGAGAAUGACACAUAAUGAUUAUGAUAUUGAUAAUGAUAUCGCAUGUUCUAUUUUAGAAUUAUUUUAGGAACUUAGAUAUUAAAAAUUUUGA